AUGUCAGAAGGUGGUUAUGCUAUUGAGCUUUAUUUCGAUCCAGCACUUGAAAACCAGGUGUUGAAGGCCUGGAACGUGCUAGCUCGACGCCAAAUAAGUAGCCAUCUCAUUGAAAUCGAGUCUCGCCCUCAUAUAACCCUUUAUUCAACUCCCUUUAUCGAUCCCACUAAGCUUGAAUCAAUCAUCAAGACUUUCGCAUCUAAGCAAGAACCAUUACCCUUAUCACUUUCCACCAUCGGUUGCCAUCCAAAUGAAAACAAUCUUCUGUUUUUAGCCCCGACGCCUUCGCUUUCUCUUCUUCAAUUCCAUUCUCAGUUGUGUGAUGCAAUGAGGAAGGAGGGGAUUGAGAUUACUGAAGAGUAUUGCCCGGACAAUUGGAUUCCUUAUUGUGCAGUGGCUCAGGAUGUCCCAAAGGCAAGAAUGGGUGAGUCUUUGUGUGUUCUGAGAGAUUUGAAGUUGCCAGUUGCUGGGUAUGCAAUGGAUAUUGGGUUAGUGGAGUUUUCGCCUGUUCGUGAGUUAUUUUCGUUCGUGCUUGGUAACACAGUAGAAGGAUGA